AUUAUGCAAAAAGAAAAGCCACCAGAAAAAACACAAGAAAAGGCUGAAAUGAAUUAGCAAAAAGGCAUGGUUUAUUAAAACUUAAUGGGCGUGGCCUAUUUUGGUGCGCGUCAAAUAGAAUAAGUUCAUCAUCUAUCCAUCAUGUAUUAUCCUGUAGGUUGGCCUUUGGUUCUUGAUGGUCGUGGAGGGACUGGUGGGGCUCCAUUACAACUCCUGACGGCCAGGAACAGGACAAAGAACCUUAUCUUUGAGCUGAGGGAGCACUCAAUUGCUGUCUGGCACUCUAGGUUGCAUAUUCUACUGAGCUCAUACAAACUAUCUCCCGGUAAUAUCAAGAGACAUGGAGUUAAUUCUUGUGCUGUUCUUAAACCCGACGGAUCCUGCCUAGCCAUUUCAACUUCAAACGGUUUAUUGUAUUUCCUUCACAUAAUCUACAAUCCGAAUAGCUCGGGAGGCCGUUAUGCGUACAAGGAACACGGACUUUCUCGUAAUAAUCCCAGUUUUGAUUUACCCUCCGAAGGCCCUCCUUUGGAGCAAGUCUCGUUGAACCUGAUUCACGAGGUCAUGGUAUCCGGUUUGACUAGCGUCAUGUGUUCGUUUGUUGGGCAGCUGAUGGUUUGUAGUGACCUUGGUAUAAUUCAUCGUGUUAGUUGGAGUGGUGUCUUUGAUGCUAAUCUCUCAAUAUACUUGAGUUCAUUACCUUUUUCUAAUGACCUGUAUCCAGAGUCUAGAGCCCAGCCGUUAGGGGAGCUGCAGUCAGUAGUUGAUAUAUCUUGUUCCAACGAGUUGCAUGGUUUUGCUAUAGUUUUAUCAAAUGGGAAGACGGCAUUUGUGACUGGGAAAUCGGCUAAAUUUGAGCCAAAAUCACUUCAAGGAGUUUGGCUAAAGGAGACUACUGAUGCUACCUGUGUUGCCAUCAAUCCUCGUUAUAAUCUGAUUGUGUGUGGGCGUGCCAAUGGUUUGAUUGAUACGUAUACACUUGAUGAUGCCUCAGGAGCAUGGAACAAAUUGAACACACUUCAGCUCUCAAAGCUUCACUUUGCUGACUCAGAUCAGUAUCAGUUAGGGGCAGUACAGUGCCUUCAAUGGAGUCCUAUCGAUUACAGUGUGUUGGCUGUGGCUUGGAAGAAUGGCGGUUUGUCAAUGUGGUCUGUCUUUGGAUCUCUUUUAUUCCAUUCUCUUGGCAAUCAGCCAGGUACACCUACUCCAUUAUUUCGGUCACAAUCAACAUUAUUACAAUCAUUAGUCUGGUCGAUAGAUACUUAUCAGUUAUGGUUGCUGCCACGCGGUGAGCAGCUCUUUGACCAGUACAAAGCUCACCUUGUCCACUCCACUCCAGCUGCUGAAGGAGGAGAGGAUUCCACUGAUACCACCUCAGAUAAUAAAGUCCUCAUUGCCGGGAGUCACUUAGUCGUCAUUAACUUUGUAAAGAGUGCCUUUAUCAAUAACCCUGUCAUAACCAAUCACCAGCAGCUCUUCCUUCACUCGUCCGAUCGACUCUACCUCUCUCCUCCUCUCUCCCCACCCCCUAGUAACCUUAGGGCUGGUUACUAUAGCAACGGGAGCAACGAGCUCACUAAGAUGGAAGGAGUUCCCCUAUGGAAGAUUAUUCAAGUUCCACCAAGUUAUUUGUUGCUUAAUUGGCCAUUACAGUAUGCAGCCAUUAGUCCAAAAGGGGAUUAUGUAGCAGUUGCCGGUAAAGCUGGCCUUGCUGUGUAUUUGAUACAGAAAAGGAAAUGGAAGCUGUUUGGCAGUGAGCUCCAGGAGCAGAGUAUGGUCUGUAGAGGAGGAUUGUGUUGGUUUGAUGACGUCAUUGUGUUUCCGUGUCGUGUCAAUGGAACUGAUGAUGAGGUUCGGUUCUUUUCUGUGCACAGAAAUCUCGACACGUCAACUUGUCUUCAUAUUUUGCGUCUUGUAUCAUCUCCAGUGAGACUCAAUGUGCUGGGGCCACACCUACUUAUAGCAACUAGGGAUCUAUCACUGACGCUCUAUAAUAUGAGCAUCUCUUAUGACACAGAUAAAUUAGUUCCUUCUUUGUCGAUCGUUAAAUUACAUGUGAUGUCGUUUGUCUCCUUCGUAACUCGUCCCUGGGUUCUAGGUCUUGUAUCAAUAGUACCUUCAACAAUACGAGCAGAGCCUGUCGCUGGUGGUGAUGACAUGAACAGGUUGAAUAGUGUAUUACUUAACAUAAGUGGACGUGUUGUGAUGAUACAGAGAGAGAAACCUACCACUGAUACUGAAUCUAUGGACGAUGAGAUCCAAUGGUCGUUCUCUAAUCCGGUCAGUCUUGCUCCUUCAGUUGAGGCUAUUUGGACUCCGCCUAUUGACCAAACCCACAUGACGUCACCAAAUCACAUGAUGGAGUCUCUUUGGGUGGCAUGUGGAGCUCAGGGAAUUAAAGUGUGGCUUCCACUGUAUCCCCGUGGGGAGACCCAUCCCACGUUCCUGUCCAAGAGGAUAAUGCUAACUCUUCCCUCCUCCUCCUCUUUCCCUCAGACCAUUCUCUUCUCCGAAGCAAUAAUCGUGGGCGUGUCACACGAACCUCUUCACGCCGACCAUUCGCUGACCACACCCCUUUACUUCCCACCUACUAAUGUUAGAAGAAUUACUCGUUUGUUUUUGAAUCACAUUCUAAGACAAUUAUUAAAAAGAAAUUUAGGUAGCCAUGCCCUCCAAAUAGCUCGGACUCAUGCUCAUUUGUCUUAUUUCGCUCAUAUACUUGAGCUGAUGCUUCACGAGAUAUUGGAGGAGGAGGCACCAGGUUCUAUUCCCAUACCAGACGCAUUAUUACCAAGAGUUAUUGAGUUCAUUAAGGAGUUUCCUCAUUUCUUUGAGACGGUUGGUUCUUGUGCUAGGAAGACUGAGGUAGCUCUGUGGAACUACCUCUUUGCAGCCGUGGGUAACCCCAAGGACCUGUUCGAAGUUUGUUUGGUUGAUUCAAGACUCAAAACUGCUGCCUCUUAUCUCAUAAUAAUUCAAAACCUCGAGCCACCUGCUGUCAGCAGACAUUUAGCUACACGUCUCCUUGAUGCAUCUCUUGAUAACAAUCAGUGGGAACUAGCCAAAGAUCUUGUUAGAUUCCUUAAAAGAAUAGGGCCUGGUGACCUCUCCCCUCUCUCUCCUGUGUCUUCUCUUCCAACACCAUCAACCCCGUACGGUGCUAAGCCGUUGAAACCCUCAGGUCCGAGUUCUCUCGGAGCUAAUGCUCUCUCGUCUCCCGUUUCUAACCUUCCUGACCUUGAUCAAUCUGUUGUUAUGGUAACGCGGGAUCACCUUAGCAGCGGUAACCCAUCAGGCGUGGUUAGCAUCAGUGGAGACUAUUGCGACUCAUCGGGAAAAAUUAUAAAGAGGCCUCAUUUUGCAUUGGAUGUUGACACUAAAGAGGAUUUCUUUAUAGAACUCAUUCUCUGUCGUCACGCUCGCAAGCUACUAACAACAGCCUCACUCUCAGACCUUGGGCUCUUUGCCGCUCACUUAGAAUUCGAUAUACCACAAUGGAUGGCCAAAGAAAGGCAUAGAGCUGCCUGCAUUGAUAGCUAUGUUCAGGUUCUGUGUGACCUCCACAAGCAGUUUCAUUGGCCGUUUCCUCCCUCCUCUACCCUGACCACGCCCUCUAGUAUUGCCACGCCCAGUGGACUGGGCAGCAACACGAGAUACUAUCCUGUCGUAUCGGACCCCAAGCAGAUUAGAGUAACUCCUGAUAGAGAGGAUAAUCCUGACAGCUCGCUUGAAAGUUCUUCUAGAUUGGGUCUGAAGAGAUCCAACAGACCCCCUGAUCUGAAUAUUCCAGGAACCAAUGGGAAGGUAGAGGUGGUAGCAGUCAAUGAAGAAGGAAAAGGAGAAGCUGAAAUGGAGCAACAGUUAAUCCAAGAGGUCAUCUUUCAGAGCUCAACUCCUUCCAAAGUCUCUGGAGGUACUGGUAGCUCAGAGAAUUUUAUCAAGCCUACAUCAUCUGACAAAGUUUGCGACUCUGAAUCAAUCGUAGAAACUGUAGACGAUGACCCAAGCCUAUGGGAGGAGGACGUUUCAUUGACAACAGUGUGGACUACGUCGACAAGAACUGUUCAAUCAGAGAGAGAGAUACGAUACUUUGUUGAUGCUAGCAUUCAGUCUUAUUGCAUUGAAUGGGCAGCAGUAUUAGGGAUAUUGCUCCAGGACUCUACCGUGUUUAUUCACAUGCAGCAGCUACUGGAGGAUGAAGAGAGGAUUGAGGGGGUUGUGUUCCCAUCCGGUAUUGACAGUAGGAUAAUGACUGGUGUGUCAUCACUUAGUGAAUGGGCAGCUAGCAAUUGCCCUGGGUACCUGCCUUUCCUAUCACUCAUCACUCCAAUCCUUUGCCAAUGGCAGCAAUCAUUAGUAGAUCAUAUGAAAAAGACACCUGGUGAAGCACAGCUACAAGCUGGAACAGGAGUUGGCAGUGAUCCUCUUGAUUUGCUAGUGAAUCAUGAAUCUACUGGUGGGAGUGCUGGAGUAGAAGGAGGAGGAGAACCUACUUCACCAUCAGAGACAAAUAAAAAGAUAUUGAAGCAAAAUAACAGCAACAAAACUGAUACACCUUCUCAAGAAACUGCACAUCAACAGCAGAAACAGGACGAGACAGGAGGCUGUGUUAUAAACUGAAUUAUUAUAAAUAUUCCUUUUUGCAAUUAUUAAUGAUGAUAAUUUAUAAAUUUGAAA